GUUGUUUUUUCGUUAUGAAUUUUUACACCAAAUGCCUAAGAAGCAGACAAGUGUUGCUGUCGUUGGUGUGCAUCUUCCUUCCUAAACAUAAGCAGGUGUAUACAUGAUGAUGAUGUGGCACCUCCUUUGGCCUUCUGUCCUCCUGGGAGUGUUUUUUAACAUUUGUCCAACAUGUCCUCUGGAAAUCCAGAAGGAAAGGAACCACUACUACGUCGCCAGGGGGUCAAGUGUCCAGCUACCUUGUGCGUACAGUCACACCCUGGACUCUAACCAGUACACGGAGGUCUCGUGGAGUAUCGUGUCUGCAGACCGAGAGGAGCAACCCAUCAUUUGGUUUACAGGCGGCCGCUUGUAUUCUGAUUUGUACAAACCAAUGGAGGGGAGGGUCCAAUUCACAUCAGCGGAUCCCCAAAAUGGAGACGCAUCUAUCACCAUCAAAGAUGUACGUCUGUCAGACAUGAAGAAAUAUCGCUGUACGGUGAAGAAGUUACCAGAACUGGACCAGAAGAUCUUUGACCUGACGGUCAUGGAGGCACCCAGUCAGCCUCUGUGCAGUGUUGACAAAGAAGACAACAGUAUGACGCUGAAAUGCAGCUCUCUGCAAGGCACCCCACCUUUGCAUUACAUCUGGUCCAAGACCAGCGGAAAUAAGGUCAUGCCUACACAGGCCUUUGUCGACCCCACAGGAGCCACCUUGCAUUUCAACAUCACCGAGCGGGAGUGUGGAAGCUAUCGCUGCACGGUGGAAAGUAUGGUGGGCACCAAACACUGUGACCUUCACCUGGACUGUUCGCUGCCCCAGGACGACAAUGUGAGCAGUGCACGAUUGCUGACAACCACUGCAGUCGCUGCAAUCGUUGUCACUAUCACCACACUCUUCAUUGUCGCAGUUGUCCUUGCCGUAUUCCUCUACCGCAAACGAAAAGAGCAACACCAGGACAUUGAAAUGGAAAAAUAAUUUGAUGUUGUUCAUUUGUGAAUGUUUGAUAACAAAUUGUUGACAUUGUUUGUUAUGUUAAAUCUUUUUACCGC